AUCGAGUAGGAAGGACAAAAGAGCAAAACUGGGAGAGGAUGAGGACGACGCUCCUUCUCCCGCCUCACUGGCUGUUAAUUCAGUGGACAUUCGAAAAUACCGGUCACUUCCGAGAACCAUAAAAGCAACAACCUAACUGCAAGCAGCCAUACGAACGUCGAGGUUUCCCUCAGUCAGCACUUCUCAUUCGUUGAACGACUACUAAUCUGUACCCAUCAUGAGCGAACCGUUCUCCAAGCAUAUCACUUAUACGCCCAGUGGCGGCGACGCAUUAGUGAAAUCUUAUAAGUCCACCAUCUAUGAAGACAAAGGCGACCAGGCAUUCUACGCUGCCAUCGAUACUUAUCUCGUCGACGCCACUUGGGUCCCGAAGAUGUCCUGGGAGAACAACACGUCCGCGGCGCAAUCGUACGCCCUCACGUAUACGACCGAGCUCAAAGUUACCAAAGGGUCUGAGGUUACCACGUCUAUUAAAAUCGCAGGGGCUUUUAGGGGCCUUUCGAUUAGUAUGGGCACCUCGGUGAAGGAAUUCAAUGCUUACGAGACGACUGACACCACGACAAAAACCAUCACGUUGAACGUCCCUGCCAAGUCGACGUUGACGUUUUAUCAGAGGAGAUAUCGGUUCAGAGACACGAUGUUCUUCAUCUUGGAUGCAUGGAAUGAGAUGUGGAAGGCCGGCUCCUGGGGGUCAUAUAAACUCACGAAGAAGGCUUGUGUGGUGGAAAUUAUGAGUGAGGACUAUCUGACUGCGGACGCCAAGUUGGACGAUUCCACGACGGGCACAAUGGUGGUGAAGAAAGUUCCGAGGGCUACUUUGGAGUCCUCCUACUCGGCGCGAAAGCGCGAGAAUCUUACUGACAGAGCAAAGGAGGUGCUUGAUGAUAUUGGCGCUUGAUGUACAAAGCAGAACUAUCCGAGUCGGCGAAUGCGCAUAUCUUUCACGUUCCCAAUUUCCCGCUUGUGUUUGUCCUUUUCUACCUCUUUGUUACACUCUGACGUCUUCCGUUUCUGUGUAUCAGAGCCUGUUAUCUCAUACACAAAAUCCAAAAAAAUGGUCCCUAAGUAGUGUUCUCUUCUGUCCUUCUCUUUUGUACUAUCACUAUGAAUGUUUUCUACAAAUCGGCGGUUUAUGGCCCAAGAUCAGUCCUUCCAAAACGAACCCUUCUGUUCUGUAUCCUUGUUUACCGUUCUCUAAUUUUUUUUUUUU